UGGUUGGCUUAGCAUGCUAACCCGCUCUAGCUCGCCGAACCAGGCGGGUUUGACGCCAAAGUUAGUCCCAGAGCUAUCAUGACGUCUCUCUGGUACCAAAUAAGCCAGCAUUAGAAACACGAGAGCGUACAUGAACCAAUAACACUCCACGUCUCGCACUGUGGCGCUGAGAUUUAGCUUUAGUCACCUCCAGUAACGUCACCUCACCCAGCUCAAGAAUUCUCUUAUGUUACGCGUUUCUCGACAUACAGCAGGAAUGAGUCAUAUUCCGCUCAUGAAUUAAAUGUGGUCAAUCGAUUAUGGCUCGUCGGUCGUCCAUGAUAGUGAUGUCAUGGGUCCUGCACUUCUCGUUUGUGCCACUUGAGAGCGAUAGUGAGCUGUGCAAAUUGCAGAGUAGACGACGUUGCCUUAAUCACGCAGUCAUCAUUCCCCAGUCUCUCGCGGAUCGAAAAUAAUAGUUCGACCUUUUGCCGUUUGGCUAAAUGAAAGUCCGUGGAUUCAGUUCGACGAGUAAACGGCAGAGUAUGAACGUUAAAACUAAGAAGCGAUUCGCCUUGAAGCAACACGAACAAACCCGUGAAUAUUAUUUGUUUCCGAUGCGGAUCAGAAACGGGCUCAAAUCGAACAGCUGUGAGCUCACAUUUCUCUAGCGAGCAUACAAUGUUAAUGCACCUGCCGCGUGAAGCCACCCGGUGUUAAAUAAUGCAGCGGUCGUUUGCAGAGUUGUCCCGUCGUCGAGUUUGAGCGCUGGUGUCAUCACAGGAUGCUGCGGCAGUCCACUUCCUCUCCAGGCAACGUCUUCCCUUUUCUGUUGUUGUGGCUCGCGCGUCUCGCCCUGAGACAUUGCCACUUUGUUGUAAAGUGAGGCAACGGGUUUUAAGAGUAAACGACUUCAACAAUCACGGGAAUCUGCUGGCAUUUGGUUGCAUGGAGUACGAGCCUGGUAUCGUGUCGCCCUUCAAGCGGGUCUUCCUGAAGGGCGAAAAGGGACGGGACAAGAAGGCGCAGGAGAAGUCCGCGGAGCGCCGGGCACUCCACACGGUCUCUCUCUCGCAACCCGACCACCGCAUCGACCCCGACAUCCUGCUCAAUGACUACAUCGAGAAGGAAGUCAAAUAUUUGGGACAGCUGACAUCGGUGCCGGGAUACUUGAACCCAUCGAGCAGGACUGAAGUCCUGCAGCUCAUUGACAAUGCAAGAAAGGCGCAUCAGUUGGCGGGCCAGCUGACGUCGGAGCAGGACGCCGUGGUGAGCUUGUCGGCGUACAACGUCAAGCUGGUGUGGCGCGACGGCGAGGACAUCAUCCUGAGGGUGCCCAUCCACGACAUUGCCGCCGUGUCCUACAUCCGGGACGACUCGUUGCACCUCGUCGUCAUCAAGACGGCCCAGGAAUCCGGAGGCUCUCCCUGUCCGAGCUCCUGUCCCGAUCUCAACAAAUCUCAGACGCUAAGCUCCUUGUCGGAGAGCGGGGCCGUGCUGGUGGAAGUGUGCUGUCUGCUGGUCCUCGCCGUUGACGACAAAGCAGCCGCCGAGGAGCUGUGCCUUCUGCUCAGCCAAGUCUUUCAAAUCGUCUACACCGAGUCCACCAUCGACUUCUUGGACAGAGCCAUCUUUGACGGAGCCACCACGCCCACAAGACAUCUUUCCCUCUACAGCGAUGACUCGUCAAGCAAAGUGGACAUGAAAGAAGCGUUUGAAGGCGAGGCCAGCCCUUUUCCAUUUCAGGCAUCGAUGGAAGCGGACGGCAGCUCCCCGUCGGCUUCCGGGCCCGCCUCCCCUCAGGCCAAGGCGGCGAGCGAAGGGGAGCUCAGCACCACGGCCGCCGAGCUGCUCCAGGACUACAUGACCACGCUGCGCACAAAGCUGUCCUCCCAGGAAAUCCAGCAGUUUGCCGCACUGCUGCACGACUACCGCAACGGCUCCUCCAUCCACGAGUUCUGCAUUAACCUGCGGCAGCUCUACGGAGACAGCCGCAAGUUUCUUCUGCUUGGCCUCCGUCCUUUCAUCCCCGAGAAGGACAGUCAGCAUUUUGAGAACUUCUUGGAGACCAUCGGCGUCAAGGACGGCCGCGGCAUCAUCACCGACAGCUUCGGCCGCUACCGACGGGCGGCCGCCUCCGACUCCGCCGCCAACGGCAACGGCGCGGCGGGAAGCGGCGGAGGGCGGGACGGCGCCGCCUCGGACGAGGGCCCGGAGGAGGGCGGGGAGACCUCGGAGGGCGACGAGUGGGACCGAAUGAUCAGCGACAUCAGCAAUGACAUUGAAGCGCUCGGCUGUAGCCUGGAAGGUGAAGGCGCUAUGCCGUAAUCCCUCAACGGA